GCGGGUGCCUUCGGUUUACUCCUGUGCCGCCGCAUGCGCUCCGUCUUGAAACAGAACUGAGCUGUCAAACCUUGUCAUGUCUAAAUAUAUAUUUAUUUCUUACCAGAUGUUAAACUGCAUGCCUGUGAGGUUAUUCAUUUGUUACUUUUGCAACGGUGGAAGGUAAUUAAACUUGCAUGCUGCAAUACACAUUCCUAGACAUCACAGUGGCGCGGGCGUCAGUGUAGACAAAUCGAGUGUAUCCACUGUUUGUGAUGAGGCGGGAAAUGGCGUCUAAAGAGCCCGUCGAUGGUCUGUGGUCCUAAACACAGCUGGCAAGACAACGACGGGCAGACCUCUCUCGGUGGCCGCCCCGUUGCGGCUACCAGUGGACAGGCCAGCGACGAGUUUAGUUACGAGUUUUUUUGUACCACCGCCUUUCAUGUAACGUGUAGGAUGAUGAGGCUGAGAGUGCGAAAAGCUCCUCAGCAGCCCAGCCCCAAACCCGGCCGUCCGACCUCAGCGCCCCGCCCUGCCCAGCUCCAGGCCAAGAGGAAACACUGCGAGGUGGAGGUGGAACCCACAUCUCCCACCAGGAGAGGCCUCAGAAUGCAGAAGAAUGAGACGGGGCUGUUCUCCACCAUCAAGAAGUUCAUCAGGGGAAAUGCUGUCAAGGUGGAGCAGGAUAUCCCAGCUAAGAGGAGCCGUAUUGAUUGUAAAGUGGACAGCAGCACCUUGAUCACGUCUUCUCCACACCCCCCCAACAAAGCCGUCCCCAGAGGCUGCAGGAGAGGAGCUAACAGGCCCGAUCCAAUGACUUUGAACAGUAAGCCCCUGAAGCCCAAUGGGAAGCUGGACGUCCCCGUGGAGGAAGCCAGCAGUCCACCUCGUACCACUCUGCUGGGAACCAUCUUCUCUCCCGUCUUCAACUUCUUCUCUCCUGCUACCAAGACGGCCGCUCCCGGGUCAGACUCCCCGGGGCAGGCCCUGGAGGCCGAGGAGGUCAUGAAGCAGCUGGAGUUGGAGGCGGCGGAGGAAAGGACCUCCGGCACGACGACCGAGGAGAUUGUGCUGUCUCCCGUUUCGCCUGCCCCGGUGGUAGCUCUGCCGCGGGCUCCUCUGGCCGUCCCGGAACCGGCCGUUGAGGAAGGGGAGCUGGUUUCAGACACGGACAUGCCCCCGUUAACAGCUCCAGGGUGCAACACGGACAGCAGUUACCCCCACGCCCCCCCCACUGCCCCCGCGGAGGGCUCCUACGAGGAGGACUGGGAGGUCUUUGACCCGUACUUCUUCAUCAAACAUGUGCCUCCGUUGACUGAGGAGCAGAUAGCCAGGAAACCAGCGCUUCCCCUGAAAACACGAAGUACUCCUGAGUUCUCCCUGGUCCUUGAUCUGGACGAGACAUUAGUGCACUGUAGUCUGAACGAGUUGGAGGACGCAGCCCUCACCUUCCCUGUGUUGUUUCAAGACGUGAUAUACCAGGUAUAUGUGCGGUUGAGGCCCUUCUUCAGAGAGUUCCUGGAGCGCAUGUCUCAAAUAUACGAGAUCAUUCUAUUCACAGCAUCUAAGAAAGUGUAUGCAGACAAGUUGCUGAACAUCCUGGACCCCAAGAAACAGUUGGUCAGGCACAGGUUGUUCCGCGAGCACUGUGUUUGUGUUCAAGGAAACUACAUCAAAGACUUGAAUAUUCUUGGGAGGGAUCUUUCGAAGACAAUAAUAAUAGACAAUUCACCUCAAGCCUUCGCCUAUCAGCUUUCCAAUGGUAUUCCCAUCGAGAGUUGGUUCAUGGACAGGAAUGACAACGAGCUCCUCAAGUUGGUUCCUUUCCUGGAGAAGCUGGUAGAGAUGAAUGAAGAUGUUAGGCCGUACGUCAGGGAGCGUUUUCGUCUUCACGACCUCCUUCCUCCGGACUGAAAGGAUGAAUGUGUGACCCAGUAGGCUAACCCAUAGAAAUAGAAUGUGAAUAAUUUCAGACAUUUGAAUUAAUGUUCUAUACAUUCUGUUAAUUCUAAUUCUAUGGGCUUAACCCUCCAAUAGGAGGGAAGAAAGCCUUUAACCCAGUGGAGAUGUGAUUCAUGUUCAGCUUAUUCAAAUGGGGAGGUUGUUAAAAUGGAUUCCAGCAUUGCCAUUACAGAUUUAAACAUUUGAACAAAACAACAUUACAUAAUAGAAUUUGUAAAAACAAAAAGGGGGGUGGGGGGAGAAAUUCUGAAACAAAAUGCAUCUUUUCCAUUUUUAAAGCAAUGUACAGUUUGAGUAUAUGUUUUGAAAACUCUUGCUAAACUGUUAUACAAGUUAAACUGUACCCAGAGACUAAGAGCAGUUUCCUCGCAAUUGUAAACGGACACUGCCUGGGCUGACCUCUUGUAGGGUCAUGUUCGUUAGAGCACAAAAGUUUUAAUGUUUGUUACGUGAAAGGAAAGUUGUAUUUUUAUUUUCUCUCAUUGGACAAUUUGAGGUAAAAUCUUUUGAAAUCUGACUUUUUUUUUUUUUUUUGGUUUGGUGCCUAAUGAACACGACUCUGGUGACUUUCUGGAAGAUGUUUCAUCUGCAGCUACAGUUUUGUACUGACUGAACUGAAUGUCAUGCAGUAUUUGAAGAGUGUGAGUAACUGACUGCUCCAGACUAAUUUUAACAGGUAUGGCCAGUCAAACCUGUACAAUAUAUACACACUCAAUUACAUGUAUAUAUGACAUGUAUAUAUAUUUUUUUUCUUCACAUUCGUUUUAUUUUCUUUUGUGCUUUUGAUUUAUUUUUAUUUUUUUAGAAUGCAUUCCUCUUUUAGUUGACUGCCUUUUGUUUUUGGUAAACCUUCACAAAAAAUUAUUUUAGUGUUUUUUGUUUGAAGUUGAUGCAACAGAGGUUUUUUCUGUUGUCUGCCUGCAAAUCUUGUGUUCCAAAUGGCACGCUAUUACCUGCAUAGAACACUUCCUUUGGCCAGAGUCCUUACAGGGCCUGGUUAUGUAGUGUGCUAUAAUGAUAAGAGUUCUAUUUGGAUGCAUGCUUCUUUUCUGGUCUGCUUUUUAAUCCCAUUCAUUUCUGUCAUGUGGUCUCUGUAAUGACGGUGUGGUUUUAAACCAAUGUUAUCUUUGGGAGAAAGUGUUUAUGAAAUCAUGAUGUUUUAAGGUUAUAUGUAAUGUAAAAUCCAGUACAGGGUUUGACUUGACCCUUCGGAAGCCAUAAAAAUGGCCCAGAUAUUGAUUUUGAACAUUUUUAUAUGAGAUUUCACCCCUUAAAGAUGUUUUGAGAAGUCCCUAAGUGAACUGCUCUGUUUUGGGUGUGAUUGAGGGAAGGUAUGGAGGGCUUUGGAGCUCCUGCACUUUUUGUUUAAAAAAAAAAAGAGAGAAUUAUACUUUUACAUCCAGCCCUAAUGUAAAGAAAAUGUACAAUCCUGUCAAUUUUGUACACAAGUUAUCGCCUCAAUUGUUAUGUCUGGACUAUUUUAAAAAUCGUAGCACCAGCAAAAUCGCCAACAUUGUUUUAUCUUUAAAUCCUGUUUUCAAUGCUGUUCUUAGUCCUGUAUGAGUGGGUGGGUGUGUGUGUAUGUGGAACCUAUUAUGUAAGAGUCCCUCAAAGUUUGGUCGGUAAAGACCGUUCCUGUUGACCCUCUAGGACGGUCACAGCUGUUGUAUUCAGUGUUACUCCAUUGUUUCCUUGAUCAUAAAUACAUUUUUAUACAAUGAAUGAAAAUGUUUGGAUUUUUACUAUAUCAUUGUUUCUUUUACAGUAUUAAGCAAAAUACUCUUCAGUGCAACUUUGUCCCAAAAAACAUGAACAUUUAAUUAACUAGCUUACUACAAUAUCCUGCUUUUCAAAAUGCUGAAAUGAACCCAGAAAUACCAAACAUUCUAACUUGUGACACCUUUAUGUACUUUAUGAAUAGGUGUUUUUGACCAACAAUAAUUGUCCGUUCAGUAGAUGAUACAAGAUAGAUCGGGUACAUAAAUACAAUUGACUGCUGAGACAGCAAUUCACAAAAGGCUCUCUUGUGAUCAGUAAAAUAAAACCACCCUUAUAUUCAGUGAACU